AUGUAGCAUAAAAGAUAUUUCCUAAUUUUGCUUUUACUUACUGCUUUCUGUUAGUGCUAAGUUAUUAAUAAGCGAAAGCAGCUCAAUCUAUAAAACAACGAGCUUUAUCUGUAAAGUCUAUCGGAUUUUAUUAAUGAACCUGCUACCUAAAUAAAUUGGCCUUCUUUUGAUGGAGUUAAACAGAUUUUAAAACCUUUUUAAAUACUUUAAACCUACUAGGAUGCAUAGCCUAUUAAAACUUUGGCAGUUUUGGAUUAGGGAGAAUAAGUAAAGUAUAUUAUUGGGUAUACUGAACAAGCAACUGUUUAGUCAAAUUAUUAGCUUUCAGUAGUUUAUUAGAAAUUGACAUUUGAUUCUACUUGCUAAUGCCUAGUCUAGACUAAUAUCUCUUAAUAACUAGAAACUGUAAGCUCAAUUCCAGAGUUAUUCUUUGGGAGCUUUUACAACUUUAAUAGUGGUUUUAUUUCCUACACUAUUGGCUUUGCAGUAAAGACUUACAGAUUCUAAAUUACUUCGUAGAAUUAAUUUCAAUUAGAUGCUUUAAUUUCAUUGAAAUUAUAUCAUCAUGUUUCAAUCUAAGGAACUAAUGGCUCUAUUUAUGUUAUUCAGUAUGUUGAUACAAAUUAAAGUUAUUAUCUCAUAAAAUUAGAUGCUUCUUUGAAUGUUAUUUUUACAAAAGAAACCUAAACUCCAAUUUGCGAUCUAUAGACAGCAAUAGUUGAUACUGGAAGAUUCUAUUUUAACUAUUGCUACUUUCUUAAUAAUACCAGCUUAAUCGCUGUUAGUAUUAACUUCAUCAAUGAAACUCUAUCUUUUUAAAAAUUCGAUAACAUUUCUUAAUCUGCUCCUUUAUCAUAUGUAUCUAAGAGGAUUGGAAAUUUUAUUAUGAUUGCAUUAUAUGAAAUUUAAGAAUGUACUAUCUUAAAAUUAAAGUCAAACGAAAGCAUAAAUGAUAAUGUAUUUAAUUUGAUUUCAAACAUUAAAUUUCCAAAAUCUUUUUAAAACCAAAUAAAUUUUAUAAAUCAAAAUCUUUUGGGUUUAUAUUCAGAUAAUAUUUUGUAAUUAUUUGAUUAAGAUAGAUAAUAAACAAUUUAUCAAACUCAAGUAGAUUAAGAUGGAUUUAGUAUUUAAUCUGUACACAGUUUAGGAAAUUAAAUGUUUCUCUAUUUAUUCGACAGCUUUAAGAAAUAUUCAAAAACUCUUUCAGUAUAAGUAUACAUACCAUCAUUUACAAUUCAAUUAACCCAAUCUACAACCUCUCCAAUUUAAUUUAGUGUAGUAACAGUUUCUCAAACUACAUUUUUAAUAGAAAUAAAUGUAAAUAUAGUGUAGCAAAAUACUGUACUUUUUGUGUCAGAUUAAGUUACAAAAUAAAAGACUAUUCAGGUUUUUUAAGAUGAAAAUGUACAAUUAUAACCUAUAGAAGAUCAAGUAAUUGGAUCUGAUCUUUAGUUAAAUGUUUCUAUAGAUCCUUCGUCUUAAUAAUAUAUAAAGAAUGCUAGUUUUAUUAAAAUUGUUAAUCUACCAAUUAAGGGUGACAUUAAUUCUAUUAGUCAAAGCUGCAUUGGUUAUUAAACUGAUGGAUUUUUCUCAACUCUUUUUGUGUGUCCUUCUUAAUAAAUGUUCAAUAUAAUAGCUGCUUAAGCUAAUUCUACCAAUUAGAAUUAUUAAAGUAAAUAAGGUCUGAUAAAUACUUAUAAAAGUUUGACUGAUUUCCCAAACACAAUAAAAUAUAUUGAUAAUUAAGGUUCAUUUACAUUAGAAUAAAGCUAGUCAUAGAACUUAAUUAAUAUUUAUCUUCCUUAUUUGAAUAAUUAAAUCUUAUAUUUUACAAUGAUUCCCAUUUAAUGCACUGAUCAAAACUUCUAGUUCGCUUCAGAUCCAGCACAAAGUGUAUUUUUUACUUAUUGUAAUAAUGAUAUUACAUUAUAUUUAUACACAAACAGUAAUUCUAACUAGAUUAUUAGUAAAACGGUUAUUAUUUCCAAUUAAUAUUUUAAUGAAUUGAUUUGCAUUGAUGGAAUACUCUUCGCUUAUAAUGCUUAAACGAUUUAUGCUUACAAUUAUAUUUAAUUUGGCUCUCUUGGUUAAAUAACUAUCCCUACUGAGGGAAACACCUAAUAAUUAACUCUAUUUAAGAGUUCAUUUUUAGUAACCGUUAUUGAUAAUCCUUUGACAAAAAUUGCACAAUAUUCUUACAAUAAUUUCUCUUCAUAAUCAGCUACUUUUAUUAGGUAUCUAUAAAUAGACAGCAGUCAUCCUAUAAAUAUUUAAGGUAUAAUUAUAGCUAAGAGAUCUGAAGUUGAAAUAGCUUACAUCCUCUCUACAACAGUAAACCAGUAUUACAUUUAUAGGGUUAACAGUUAACAAUGGUCUAAUUAACUCUAUGCUCCUGUAAGCUUUAAUUUACCAUAAACAGUUAUAAGUGGCUAUAACAUAUGCUAAAUGAAUCCUCUUGUCUUCUAAUAAGUCCUAAAAGAAGCCAGUGUAAAAUAUGAACUAAACUUAACUCCUAAUUAAUUUAACACUAACCAUUUAUGGUCAGCUUUAUUUGCUCUUUCCCUUUAAAAAGACUAAAAUUAAAGUCGCUAGAAUUUAAAAUCUAUCUAAUAAAUCCAAAGAAUACUGUAAACUAAUUAGGUCUAGUACACAUUGCUUAUUAACAGAGAUGCAAGUGCUGCUUUUGGAAAUGUCAAUCAAUAAUCAGAAUAAAUCUAACAACUUAAAACAUAAAUUCAAGAUAUUUAAGUUGGUGACGAUGAAAAUGAUUUUAUUUUCAACUUCAAAGAUUAUUCUGUUUAUAAUGCUUGCCUAACUGGAUGGUAAAAUUCAGAAAGAGUAUAAAUAAUACCAAGAAUUGACACUUCAACACCACUCAUUGGAAACUAAGUUUUCACAAUUCUCUACAAUUAGCGUGUCUAAAUUCAAAAAAAUUAAAUUUCUAGUUUCUUUACAAUUUAAGGAAACUUUAACGAUUGCAUAAUUUUAGAUGAUAAAGCUUCACUUUAAAGUCCUUCUAGCCAUAAUUAUUCAUUCACUCUAUACAUUAUAUGCCAAUCUUAUGUUUCUUAAUACUAAAUUUAAUAUCAGAUUGAUGAAAAUACGGGAUAAAUUAGCAAUUCUAAUGUAUCUGAUCCAGUUAAUUACUUUUUUGAUUCUAAGAUCUUACUAUUGUCAAACAUUAAAGAAAUUAUAAGUUACAAUUAAUAAUUUUAUUUAUAUUUUAUUGGAGGAUUGAAUCCUUCUUUGCUAAUAUUAAAUUCUCAGCUAAAGAUUAAUUUAGUAUCAUUUAGCUUCAUAAUAAACAUAAACGACCUAUGCACUUUAUUUGUAGGAUCUAUUAAGUGCUUUUAAUUUUAUAGUAAGUCCAAACGAUUAUGUCUAAACUAUAGAAUAAUAUUCUGA